CACCUCACAGUCUCACAACACUGAGAGUUAUCCUGUGCAGCAUCUGUCCUGUUAACUGAGGAGGGUAAUAAUGGCGCUGGUAUCUGAGUUCCUUGGUCAGCUCACCCUGAAUUUCGGCGGGGAAUGCGAACCCAAAUACCCCACCGUGGUGCCUGUCGCUGACUUCGACCCUGAGAAAGACGCGCUCCGGAUCGAGACGGCCAUCAAAACAAAGGGUGUGGAUGAGCAGACCAUCAUCGACAUCCUGACCAGGCGCACCUACGCCGAGAGGCGAGACAUUGCCUUCUCCUACGAGAGAAGAGCUAAGAAGGAUAUGAUCACAGCCCUGAAGGGGGCGCUGUCUGGUUCCCUGGAGACAGUGAUCCUGGGUCUGAUGAAGAGCACCGCCCAGUACGAUGCCUCCGAGCUCAAGGCCUCCAUGAAGGGUUUGGGGACCGAUGAGGAAACCCUCAUUGAAAUUGUCUGCUCUCGCAGCAAUGACGAGCUGGUGGAGAUUAAACGGGUCUACAAGGAACUGUUCAAAAAAGACCUGGAGAAAGACGUGGCUGGAGAUACCUCUGGCAACUUUGCUAAGCUGCUGUUGGCCCUCGUACAGACAAAGAGGGACGAGCCCAGCAACAUUGUGGACUACGAGAAGAUUGACCAAGACGCCAGGGCCCUGUACGAGGCCGGCGUGAAGCAGAGAGGGACAGACGUGGCCACCUGGAUCUCCAUCAUGUCUGAGAGGAGCGUGCCUCACCUGCAGAAAGUGUUCGACAGGUACAAGAGCUACAGCCCCUACGACAUGCAGGAGAGUAUCCGCAAAGAGGUGAAGGGAGACCUGGAGAAAUCCUUCCUCACUCUGGUCGAUUGUUUCGAAAACAAACAGCUAUACUUUGCUAACAGACUCAACAGUGCCAUGAAGAGUAAAGGCGCAAAGGAGAAGGUGGUAACCCGGAUCAUGGUGUCUCGCUGUGAGGUGGACCUCAUGAAGAUCUGCUCCGAGUACAAGAAACAGUAUGGAAAAUCCCUGUACCAGACCAUCGCUGAGCACACCAAGGGUGACUACCAGAGGGCCAUGCUCAGUCUGUGUGGAGGAGAUCACUGAGGAGGAAGGAGAGACCCCCAGAAUCCCCUCGAUCCCCCCCCCCAUUACUAUGAAGAGACUGUCACCCACCCAGUCACACAGAGCAGGUGAACAGGUGCCAAGCCCCUCUCCCACUGGUACCCUGGUCUCCUGCCCUGUCUGUCCACAUCCCACACAGAACAGUAUUAGGGUUAUUUUGUUAGUCUGUCUGUUUUUAUUCUUUUAAAACAGAUGUUUUCAUUUUUUGGUGCAAGAAUGCAAUAAUCCCAAGGUGGCCAAAACUGAAGAAUUUC